UGGGGCCAUUCUGCGCCGGCCCUUGCUGAGCGGGACAAAUUCCUUCUCGCGUGCUCCUGGCCCUCUUAUGGGGUCCGCCUCUGGCCGUUGGGGGCCCGAACAAAAAUGGCCACCGGCUAUUGGGGGCACCUCUUCUUUCCUUGGCUGCCUUCUCCCCAUGACGGCACGCUGUUCUUUCUCUCUUCUUCUUCUUCCUCUCUUGCUUCUGCUUCUCUGUCCUCCUCAUCGACCUGUAGAGCACGACACCAAGAACAUCACAUUUCCGACUGCGAGUCCAUCUAUACGACUUGACCAUCUAACCCCCCCAGGUCCUCGACUGACAGUCUCACCCUCAUCAUCCCCCCUCCUCCUCCUCGUUCAAAAACCCCUACCCCCUUCCAGCCAUGACUGCGAACCCCAAGCGGCCGAUGCCAUGCGGCAUCUACGCCCCAACAAUGACCUUUUUUGACCCGGAGACCGAAGACCUCGACAUCCCCACCAUCAAGAAGCACGCGGUCCGGCUGAUCCAGUCCGGGCUCGCGGGCCUGACGGUCAUGGGCUCCAACGGCGAGGCGGUGCACUGCACGCGCGAGGAGAAGCUGGCCGCGGUCCGGGCGACCCGCGAGGCCCUCGACGAGGCCGGUUUCCCCAGCGUCCCCAUCAUGGUGGGCGCCACCGAGGGCUCGGUCAGGGGCACCAUUGAGCUGUGCAAGCUCUCGGCCGAGGCGGGCGGCGACUACGUGCUCCUGCUCCCGCCAAGUUACUACCGGCCGCACAUGGACGAGGCCGCCAUCGAGGGUUACUUCACCGCCGUCGCCGACGCGAGCCCUCUACCCAUCAUCCUGUACAACUACCCGGGCGCCGUCUCGGGCAUCGACAUGGACUCGGACUUCCUCAUCAAGCUCGCCCAGCACCCAAACAUUGUCGGCACAAAGUUCACCUGCGGCAACACGGGCAAGCUCACGCGCGUGGCGCUCGCGACCGGCGCAAAGACCCCGUCCUCCGAGGGCAGCGGGUACAUGGCCUUUGGCGGCAUGUGCGACUUCACGGUGCAGACCCUCGCGUCCGGGGGCAGCGGCAUCAUCGCGGGCGGCGCAAACGUCAUGCCCAAGCUGUGCGCAAAGGUCUGGAACACCUACGCCGAGGGCAAGGUCGACGAGGCCAUCGCCCUCCAGAAGAUCCUCUCAAAGGGCGACUGGCCCCUGACCAAGGCCGCCAUCGCCGGCACAAAGCAGGCCAUCCAGUCGUACUACGGCUACGGCGGGCACCCGCGCCGGCCGCUCAAGAGGCUCGAGCAGGCAAAGGUCGAGGCCAUCUCCGAGGCAAUUGCCGAGGCUAUGAAGGUCGAGCAGUCAUUAUAGAAGAGAGGUGCGCAGUUGGAGGACAUAAUAAUGGUCGUCAUCAUCAUCAUCAUCAUCAUCAACAAGGCAUUGCAGCUUAUGGUAAGCAGAGCAGAAGGACAUCGUGGCAUUCGAUGAGGUGAUUGGCCGUGUCCUCAAGUCCGACGAGAAUGACGCUGAGCGUUACCCAAACCCCACCCUCCAAGCGUUGGUGCAGCUCCGCACGCUAGUUCGGCUCCCAUUGCCCCGAGUAGUGAGGCCAUGCGAGGUGUGCGAGUAACGUAACCCGCUGCAGUUUUGCAAGUACGCUUUGCAUGCCGAAAAGUUCGCAUUGUCACUACAUGGUUUGUCGUUGUCAUUUUCUCACUCUAGAAAUCAUGCAAACUUUCUUGAUCCGCACAUUUCAUAGCUCAGCAAUCCACGCGUUAGCCAUGA